AUGCUGCGUCGCAGUGCGUGGCUGGCGGUGGGCCAGAUGCGGGCCACCAACGACGUGGAGGCCAACCUGCGCCAGUGUGCACAACUGGUCCACCAGGCCUCCCUCCGUCGCUGCUCCCUCCUCUGCCUGCCCGAAGCGUUCGACUUCAUGGGGGAGGCGCCGGGGGAGGCCAUGUCGGUGGCCGAGCCGCUCGACGGACCCCUCAUGUCGCGCUACCGCGACCUUGCGCGCUCCCACGACAUCUGGCUCUCGCUCGGCGGCUUCCACGAGAAGAUCGAGGGGGACGAUACGCACCUGUACAACGCCCACGUGGUGGUGGACAACGAGGGCGAGAUCCGGGCCGUCUACCGCAAGAUUCAUCUCUUCGACGUCUCCAUCCCCAACGGACCCGUCUUGAAGGAGAGCAACGGCACGCGAUCAGGAUCUUCCCUCACCGCACUCGAUUCACCGGGGCGUCGGGAGAAACACUCACAUUUGGUUGACGAUCCGUCCAACCCUCAUGGACAAGUGGGCACGCUGGGCCUGUCGGUGUGCUACGACCUGCGGUUCAGCGAGCUCUACCUGGCCUACCGCCAGCAUGCCGAGGCUGAUGUGCUCCUGGUGCCGUCUGCCUUCACCGCCACUACGGGGCGUGCCCACUGGCUGCCGCUGCUACGCGCACGAGCCAUCGAGACCCAAUGCUACGUGGCUGCCGCGGCACAAGUGGGCAGGCACAACGCCAAGCGCGAGUCGUAUGGCCACGCGUGCAUCAUCGAUCCGUGGGGUGAGGUGGUGGCCAGCUGCGGGGAGAAGGAGCUGGGCAUCGCCGUGGCCGAGGUGGACCUGGCCUACAUGGACCAGAUUCGCACCAACAUGCCCGUCUUCACCCACCGACGCAGCGACGUCUAUGGCGCCAUUCUGCCCGGCCAGCCAGCGACGGCCAGUGAAGUCGAGGUGUUGGCGACAACGCGCCGUGCGUGA